AUGCGCGAAUGUGUCUCACCCCAAGAGCGGCCGGCCGGCGGCGGCGGCAUGCGGGAGCACGCUGCAGGGCUUGAACCCGAGCCGACUCUGGCCCAUGGUGAAGCCGGACCUGACAUUGAGGGCGGCGGCAGCGGACCAGGCUCCGUUGGAAACAUUUGGCGGCCUUUGAACGGUUCCUCGGGCUGGGAUGCCUCGGGCUGGGAUGCCAAUUUGCGACGGAUGGCGCCCUUGCAGAGGAGGUGA